AUGCCUUCUAUCAAAGCUAUUAGCGCCGCCCUCCUCGGGUCUUGUGCCUUCCUCUUCGCCGCUGCAAUCGAGCAGCGUGACGCAAUGGUUACGGACGCUGCCCCGCCGCACUCCUGCUAUACGGCAACCAUCACUCAGCCAUCUCCACACAUUCGCUGCUCGGAUUUCAACACCAAGACGUGCGACCCUAUCUUCUGCCUUCGAGCUGAGACAACCUCCAUUCCGUGCCCAGACAAGGACUGUCCAGUUACGCCAACCUCGAUCAGCUACACGCCCUGCCAGACGGAAUGCUAUCCGAGCUGCCCCACGGUUACUAUCAGCUGCUCUUCCACGCUUCCUGCUACCGAGUACUAG